GAAUAGUGUGUUUCAGGAAGAAGUUGGCGCCUGAAGCCCCAUAUUCUGGUUGCUAGCAAGCUAACCGAAACGAUGAAAGAUAGUCUAGUUUAUUGAGUUUUCUCUCCAGGGUAACUAAGGACUCCCAAGAUGAACGACAUGGAAUUCAGCGUUCCUCUGUCUUCGCUGGCGCUCCUGGUCCCACCGCUUCGCUUGAUGUCAGCAGUGAUGUGGGAGGUGGUGAGGCAGCGCAACAUCAAGCACUACGGGAAACUGGAGGAGUUCGUGUCCAUGGUAACAGAUGCCGUUCCUGAACUGAUGAGCAAAAGAGAGGGCAGGCUGCUGUCACUCGGCCUGAGAGCGAGAACCACCCUGGAGCUGCUGCGCUCCGAACACCCGGAGGAUCUCAAGGCGGUGGAGACUCAUCUUAACAGGAUUCGAUCUUCGUGCAUCGAGGAGACAAACGACCAUGUGAUCGAAGCCCCAGAGGCAAACUUCAUGAAGUUGGUGCAGGGCCUCAUUGAAGACACUGACGGCAGGGAACACUUUCUCAAGAAUGUGUUUCCUGUGGAAUACGGCCCUGACUUCGACACGGCGUUGGAGACUCUGGUUUGCGAGUUCUUCAGCAGGCUGGAGGAGCUGCUGCCUAUACCGGAUUUCAAACAGGCAAAAGACCGUCUCCACAAAACCACGGCGUCCUGGAUCAGCGCUGCCCCCGCCGUGCUGGAGGAGUACAUGCAGUGCGUGUCAAACGGGGACGACCUUAAAUUCCUCCUCCAGAGCAAGCAGUGCCACGGGAAGCUGGCAAAGACCACCGUCGCUCACUUUCAGUCGGACGAUCUCCUGAUCCCCUCCCUGUCCCUCCCGCCAUCCCUGGAGGUGGCCAUCGCUUCCCACCCGAGCAAUUGCGACGACGAAAACGGCGAGGUCCCCCAGAUCGUCAUGUUCGACGAGGAGCUGUCCACCAACCCGUCCACCUCCGCCGACUUUCCCGAAUCCCCCAAAGGGGCCGACGUCUCGCCGCCCCCCCGCGGGCGGCAGCAGCCGCCGGGGGUCCACAGGUGCCCCGAGUGCGACAAGUGUUUCAAGCACCACUCCGUCCUGGUGGAGCACCGGCGGGUCCACAGCGGGCUGCAGCCCUACCACUGCUCCCAGUGCGGCCGGGCCUUCCGGACCGCCACCCUGCUGGCCGGCCACCGGCUCCGCAAGUGCCGCAACGCCGCCUACCUCUGCAUCAAGUGCGGGGACAGCUUCCCCACCUCGCUGGACAAGUUCCGCCACCGCUGCCCGAAGCGGGGCCGCCACCACGAGUGCGGCCAGUGCGGGAAGAGCUUCCCCAAGUCCAGCGGGCUGAAGGAGCACCUGCUGACCCACAUGCAGAGCCGCCUGUUCAAGUGCAGCCACUGCGGCGCCGGCUUCUCGGGCAUCGGCGACCUGAAGUACCACCAGCAGGUGGACCACGACAAGCCCUACCAGUGCCAGCAGUGCGGCAAGAGCUUCAUCUCCUCCAAGAGCCUGGCCAAACACCAGCAGCGCCACCGGGAGGCCGGAGGGGCGGACAUGGCCAAGCUGCUGGGCGGGGCUCCGCACCGGAAGGCCGCCCCGGGGGUCCGGACCUGCCCCGCCGCCCUGUCCUCCUCCAGGAAGACCCCGGUCAAAGCCGUGUACCCGCGCGGGCGGGUCACGCACAACUGCCCGCUGUGCGGGCGCAGCUUCAAGUACCGCUUCGAGUUCCUGGAGCACCAGCGCUUCCACACGGCGGUCAAGCCCUACAAGUGCUCGCAGUGCGGGAAGGCCUUCCGCACCGAGACCCACCUGUCGGCCCACCGCAAGCGCAAGUGCAAGAACGCCGCGCACGUCUGCACCAAGUGCGGCUGCCAGUUCCGCUCGCCGCACGAGCGCGUGCGCCACCAGUGCGUCCAGCUGCUGACCAAGUACGAGUGCGCGCACUGCGGGAAGACCUUCAAGAUGGCCCACCUGCUGCGGAACCACCAGAUGAGCGAGCACCAGCUGCCCUACAGCCCCGGCCACCGCUUCCGCUGCCGCUACUGCGAGGAGACCUUCCCCGGCAUCAGCGAGCUCAAGUACCACCAGCGCGUGGACCACGAGAAGCCCUACCGCUGCCCGGAGUGCGGCAAGUGCUUCCUGUCGGAGAAGUGCCUGACCAACCACGAGCUGCGGCACAGCGACGAGCGGCCCGAGAGCUGCGCCGUGUGCGGCCGCGGCUUCCGCAACCGCUACGACCUGAAGCAGCACAUGCGCACGCACACGGGCGAGCGGCCCUACCAGUGCACGCACUGCUCGCAGUGCUUCUCCACGGCGGGGGGGCUGCGGAGCCACACGCGGGUCCACACCGGCGAGAAGCCGCACGUGUGCCCGGACUGCGGCAAGGCCUUCUCCCAGAUGGGCGCCAUGCGCACGCACCGGCUCACGCACACGGGCGAGCGGCCCUUCAAGUGCGCCGUGUGCGGCAAGGGCUUCACCAUGGCGCACAAGGUGACGGUCCACAUGCGCGUGCACACGGGGGAGCGGCCGUACGUGUGCGCGCAGUGCGGGAAGGCCUUCUCGGACGGCAGCGUGCUGAAGCAGCACAUGCUGAACCACUCGGGGGUGCGGCCCUACCACUGCCAGCUCUGCCCCAAGACCUACACCUGCCUCAACCACCUGCGCAGGCACCUGAAGAGCCACACCAGCAUGACCUGAGCAGCCGGGCAAGCACGCGCCGGGAACCCAGCUAGAAAGAGCCAAAUGCUGCACUUGCUUCUAAAAACAAAACAAAAGGGUACUGAGAGUUCAAAGGACCAACUCGACCUGCAAUAAGGAAUAAUGAGCGAUGCUGUGUGAAUGCUGCGGAAUGAUCACAGGAAACGGCACUAAAUGACACCUGUCCCUCGUCCCCCGCCAGGCUUUAUGGAGUGUCCUUUGGUCUGUUUUCCUGUAUGUGGGUCUCUAACGCGCGAACACAUGCGGAUGUUGGACUGUGGACUGUUUCAUGGAGCUCCCACAGAGCCACAGAACGGGCUACUUCCUCCAAUGACUUUUCAAAUCCACAUCUGCAUUUUCACUUUUCUGUGGUGCAGGAGCGUGGAGUGAGAACAAAUGCGGCUCUUCUGUGGCCCGUAGGGGGCCGUGUGCUGUCGGGCUGACCCUGCUGUAUGAUCAAAUGUCGAUUUUGAGGGGAGUUUAUAUUUUUUUGGAAAGGCUUUGAAAGACGAGUGGACGCGAGGCGGCCUACAGACACUGAAAGUGCAAAAGAGAAAUUGUUGAUAACCUUUGUUACGACAUAACUAUUUUUUUUUCCACCUUGCCUCUAGGCCUUUUAUAACUACAACUUGAUGUGUGAGCUUAGAAUUAAAGUGGUUUGGUUAAUCUUUGUGUUUGGACUCUUCUUUUUUCUUGCGAGAGAAAAACAUUUUAAUAGGUCUGCAAGAAAGAUUAAACGGCUUCACUAGACGGCGGGUUUUUUUUAUUUCCUGUAAUUUACCCUUUC